CAACAACAACAACAACAACAACAACAGCAACAGCAACAACAAAAUCAACAGCAGCAGACCCAACAAAACCAACAAGCACAACAAAUGCAACAACCACAGCAAAUACAAGUUAUGAUUCAACAACCUCAGGGACAGGUUGACAUGCAGCAGCAACAGUCACAACAACAGCAACAACCUCAACAAGUUUCUGUCGCCACAGGUCAGCAAACUAUUACUAUGCAGAUGUCUUCAGAUGGAUCCAAUGGAGGCACUGUGCAACUCCCUCAUUCAUCUGCUCCAAUGACCACUAUUGAGACAUCCGGUCAAAUGCAAAUUUCUACUAUCCAACCGCAGCAACAGCAACAGGGUCAAGUGCAAAUGACUAAUAUACAAGCUCAACAACCAGGGCAAGUCCAACAGCAACAUACUAUGCAGGCACAGACACCUACUCAACAGCAACAGCAACAACAGCAGACUCAAAUUCAACAGAUCAAUGACUGGAGUCAUGGACGUGUUCAGUUAAUUCAACAAGCUGGCCCUCAGUUUGUACAAUACAAUGCUCAAGGCCAAUUAAUCAUGCCUGGAACAAUGUUGCAACAUCCUACCUCUGGUGCUAUACAAGUGAUUGCAGCUCCUAAUAAACAAUUCCAGUCACAACAGAUGCUCACCACAGCACAUGCACAUAAACAGGUAAUAUCGCAAGGACAGGCAACUUCGUUUCCGACUGGAUAUGCUGCUAUACCAACCACAACUAACCAGACACUUGUCAUCGGCCAGUUAGGGGUGAUAAGUAGCCAGCCAAAUAUGAAACAAAAUGAAAUGCAACAAACAGUACGUACUAUAGACUUUUUUAAUAU